AAGUUAUUUUUGCGAAGAGUACGGUUGAGUGAGGGUGAUUUUUGUGAGUGAGCGGCACGUAAUCAAAAUGGCGUUAGAAGUUGAAAUGUUUUAUUUAUAUCCCAAGGAAAAUUCUAAAUCACACAAAACCGACCAAUAUGAAUUGGUUAACGAGGAAGAUAUACCUGUUCUAAGAAGGGGACAAAAGUUCACAGUCGCCGUUAGAUUUAACAGAGAUUUUGAUUUUAACAAGGAUAUGGUUAAAAUUGCAUUCAACUACGGUCCAACACCACAUCCUAUCAAAGGCACUUCUGGAGUACUUAGACUUGAUCCUUCUAAAAAGUAUUCCAUUGAUAAUAAGAAGCCAUUUUGGUUCGCUAACGUUCUGGAUGGGAAAGAAUCCAAUUUUAUUUUGGAGGUAUACUCUCCACCUAGUAUUCCAGUUGGUUUGUGGACAAUUAGGAUUGAUACAGCUGUAAAGACGUCAAAUCAACCAUCAACCGUUUUUAAUUACGAAGGAGAUCUCUACUUCAUUUGUAAUCCUUGGAAUUGCCAUGACCAGACGUAUAUGCCGGAGACCAGAUUGCUGGAAGAAUAUGUUUUAAAUGAUACUGGUAAGAUUUGGGUAGGACCUCUAGGUACAUCCAAAGGAAGAGAAUGGGUUUUUGGACAAUUUGAUACCUGUACUUUACCGGCGAUUCAGUUGAUGCUAGAAAGGUCUGGACUUGCUUAUAUCAGUCGAGGAGAUCCUAUUCGAUUGACCAGAAUGAUAUCUAAAAUGGUGAACAGCAACGAUGAUGACGGAGGUAUUUUGAACGGCAGAUGGGAUGGAGAUUACGAAGAUGGUACUGCACCAUCAGCCUGGACCGGAUCCGUACCUAUUCUACAUGAAUAUCUGGAAACCCAAAGUCCAGUAAGCUAUGGUCAAUGUUGGGUGUUCUCAGGUGUCUGCACAACAAUAUGCCGUGCUCUGGGUAUUCCAUCGAGGGUAGUAUCUAACUUGGUAUCUGCUCAUGACGCGAACUCCACUUUAACCAUCGAUAAAUAUUUCGAUGAAAAUAAUGAUGAGCUACCUUACGAUCCCAACAACCCAACAGGAGAAGAUUCUAUUUGGAAUUAUCACGUUUGGAGUGAUGUAUACAUGGCGCGUCCCGAUUUACCCGUGGGCUAUGGUGGUUGGCAAGCUAUCGAUGCAACUCCUCAAGAAACGUCCGACGGCUUUUUUCAAUGCGGCCCAGCAUCUCUCGAAGCCAUUAAAAAAGGGCAAGUUGGAUUCAAUUAUGACGUUGGUUUUAUGGUGGCAUCAGUUAACGCCGAUCUUAUGCGUUGGAAAAUUGAUCACUCCAAUGUGUUGGGAUUCAAGAGAAUUUAUUGCAACAAAUACCAUGUUGGUCGAUUCAUUCUAACAAAACAACCGUUUAUGUAUGAUUACAACGGAGACAGAGAUCGUCAGGAUAUCACAUCGCAGUAUAAAGCAGAAGAAGGAUCUAAAGCUGAACGCCUCUCAUUAUUAAAUGCCGUCAGAGGUACUGAAGCGGCUAAGAGAUUCUACGAUAUGCCAGAGGAAAUGGAAGAUGUUGAAUUCACUUUACAAGAUUUGGAUAGGAUUAAAAUAGGAGAAGACUUCAGCGUUGUGGUUAGAAUAACUAACAAAAGUGCCGAGUAUCGUCACAUCAAAUGUCAAAUGUCAGCAGCCACCGUGUACUACAACGGAGUAAAAGCUCAUCCGAUCAAUAAAGAUGAAGGAGAGUUUAAUCUCAAACCAAAUUCAACCGAAGAGUUGAGGUUGAAUGUAAGCGCCUGUGAAUAUUUGGAUAAGUUGGUGGAAUAUUGUAUUAUGAAGAUAUAUGCGAUAGCAUCUGUGACAGAAACCAACCAAACUUGGGCCGACGAAGAUGAUUUUCAGGUUAUAAAACCUGACAUAGAAAUAAAGGUUCCACGUACUAUUGUCGUUAAACAACCAGCAUCGAUCAGCUUGAAAUUUGUGAAUCCCUUGAAAAAGAAUUUGACUGAUUGCAAAUUCCAUAUUUCCGGAGCAUCACUUGUCAGAAAUCAAAUAAUUGUUCAUCCUGAUGUUCGUCCUGGUACUGUAAUUAGAAUAGACACGACCAUUGUUCCGAAAACUGAAGGUGAACAGAAACUUGUAGCUACUUUUUCAUCCAAACAAUUAUUGGAUAUAACUGGAACAGCAAAAGUGGAUGUUGUAGCCGGAGAAGAGUAAAAAUGAACAGAAUCAGUUCAUAAUUUUUCAAUUUUUUCCAUUAUAUAUCCAAAUAUGUUUUACUUUAACAAAAAUGUGGUAAUUGUCGUUUGUUCAAUAUUAAAUUUACGCACAUUGUGAAUCAACGAUAAUAAAUAUACCUUCCAAAUU